UGCUGUUGAAGUUGAGAGGAAGGAAGGGGGUGGAAGAGAGAGUGGGGAUGGGAGGGAAAUCAUCGAUGACGAGGUUAUCAUGCCGGAAGGAGGCAAGUUGAUGGCGGGUCUAUCCAUAGACCCGGAGACGAGGGAUCGCGUGAAACUCGCUGGCGUCAUGGCCGUCGGUACUGCGACGAAUACGACGCCCGGCGUGGCGGAUUUGCAGCUUGCGUUUCGCGUCGGCGAGGCGCUGGGGAACUGCCCGAAAUACAUUAACAAGAAGCGCAUCUACCCCCGCGUGCCGGCGCCUCGGCUUGCGAGCGAGGGGACUGGCGUUCCGCUACCCCAGGCGGCGAUCGAGUUGCUGGAUAAGGCGGACUCGUUCUUCAUCGCAAGCAAGCACGGCUCCAAGAGCAUGGACGUGAAUAUCCGCGGCGGACCGCCGGGAUUCGUCCGCGUGCUCAGGAAUACGGACGAGGGCGCGGGGGGCGCGGCGCUGGUCUACCCUGAGUACUCGGGGAACCGCCUGUACCAGACGCUAGGGAACAUGCACAACGAUCCGGCUGUUGGUAUGGUGGUCCCGGACUUCGAGACGGGCGAUGUGCUGUAUCUAACGGGGAAUGCGGCGAUCCUAGUUGGCGAAGUAGCGGCUGCGGUGAUGCCGCAUGCGAAACUAGCUAUACGCGUUGAGAUCGUGGAGGCGCGGUUCGUGCACGAGGGCUUGUCGUUUAGAGGCGAGGCGAUCGAUUACUCGCCGUAUACCCCUGCUGUCCGACGGCUGGCGUGUGAGAAGCGGCCUGAUGACCCCGCGGUAGACUCGAGCCGCGAUGCUAUCGCUACGGCGAAACUAGUAACCCGGGAGAAGCUUACAUCGACGAUCUCAAGAUACGUGUUUAAGCUUACCCCCUCGGACAGUACUGGGAAGCGGUUGAAAGCAUGGCAGCCCGGGCAACAUGUCACGUUGGACUUCAGCGAGGAGUUAGAUUUGGGGUACUCGCACAUGCGGGACGAUGACCCGCAGAGCCUGAACGACGAUUUCGUGCGCACGUUUACGGUGAGCAGGCCUAUAGACACGGAGGCCGUGGAUGAGCAAGGGUAUAUAAAGAGUGAUGCAGAGCCGGAGCUCGAGAUCACGGUUAGGAGACACGGCCCGGCGACGGCGCUGCUGGAACGCUGGAAUGUAAGGGCUCCGCUUCAGAUACCGGUGCUGGGGUUUGGUGGUGCGGAAGGGUUUAGGUUGCCAAUUAAGGGGAGCGAGAUAGGAACUCGCAACACGAGUGUCUUCGUUGCCGCGGGCGUGGGUAUCACGCCGUUGAUGGCGCAGGGCGCGGCUGUUUUACAGAAUACGAGAGAAAGGAAUGAACUCAAGGUAUUAUGGAGUUUAAAGGGGACAGAUAUACCGCUUGCGGUAGAUGUUCUAAAGAGGAUACCGGGACUCGGAAAUGCGACGAAGCUCUUCGUCACCGGGAAGAAAAUAGGAGAGGAAGAACGGGCUCUGAUAUCUACUAUCUACGGGCUAGGAGCAGAAGUGCUGGAAAGAAGGAUAGGGGCUAGCGACGUGUUGGCAGAGGGAGAUAAAAGAAAUAGAAAAUACUAUUUAUGUGCGGGACCGGAAAUGACGAGGGAGCUGCUGAAGUGGACUGAAGGCGAGGAGGUGGCUUACGAGAGCUUUGAGUAUUAAGGAAGACUUUGUUGGAUGAUAUGAAUAUUGAAGAGCUGGCGAUAUACACAUAGUUGAAAAGAAAAAGAUAUGAGAAAUAUAGGAUGUAACUAACUGUAUAAUACCAGUUUAUAGUAGGUAUAAGUCGUAAGUGCUGCAAAACGUCGAGGACUUAUACGGUAAUUCUGCUUUCUGAUUGGCCAGUUCCCCUGAAACCACCAGAAAGGUAAGCGUCUUAGCUCGAGCCACUUAUGCAUGUAGGUAUAUCUUUGCAUAACACGG